UAAAAAACACCUCAUAUUUAACGCGAACACUCUCAAAAUAGAAUACAAUCAAAAAUACAAUAGAAUAGAAAAGAAUUUUUUUGGAGUUGCUGAUGGCGCUUGCGUUAUCGAAGGGAGUCAAACCGCCACCUCCAACAGUUCGUACGACCGACUGGUCAGUAUCGUCGUCAUGUAGAAAAUGUGUCGUACAUUUAUUGAUACUUCGUAUUCCUUUUAUAAAAAGAAGGUAAAAGAAAAAAAUGGGACGACGCAAUAAAAACAACCAACCGCGCCUUAUCCCAGCCCAAGAUAAAAGGAUUUGCGGUAGCAUUUGCUUUUGUCAACUGGUGGUAGUAAUAAGUUGUGUUUCAUUUAUAUAUCUCACCGUGGCGAUUUAUAUUCCCGCAUAUAGAGCAUUUCAUUCGGACUUGGAACUUACGCCAGUAAUGUGCCAAACUAUAAAUACAAGUAUGUUAAAUAACUGUAGUUGGGCCAGUUGUGGAGAAUGGUGCCUUACUAAGACUUCAGGAUUUUGCCCUCAGAUACACGUAACCACAAGACAAAAUGGGACCAUUGUACAAUUACAAAAUUGCGACAAAACAACUGAAUUCUCAUGCCCAAAUGUUAAAACGCAGUCACUGAAAAAGUACAAUUGCAACAACGGUUCUGAAUGUAAUUCCCUGACAGGAUUUUUCAACUGCUCUUUAGGACAUUGCGAAUAUUGGUCAUCAGCCUAUCACUGUCAUUAUAACGCCGACGGAGCAGUUAUUGAUAGCGAUAAAGAUAACACCAAACUUAAUGGAUUUUUUGAAUGCAAAAAUUCUCGAUGCACAAAAGUGAGAAGGGAAUUUUCGUGUGACAGAUACUGUAGCAGAAUUAAUACUAUUUCUGGAAAUAUUUACAUAUCUGUCGAUGAUAGCGUACAUGUGGCGAAAUGCCAGAAACUAAUUGCUUUUACGGCAGCUAAUGGCAAUGAGGAAGGAUCUGUUGUAGAACCGACACUCGUUUGGUCCUAUCAUCCAAAGGAUAUUAUUAUGAUGUCCUGCAACAGUAUCGAAAAAUACGGAGACUCACUCAAUUUAACCGACUGUAUUAAUGGAACAAUGUUUAUCUGGGACGACAUUCCCAAACCUUCGAUUAACUUUUCUACUUUUUGGAAGCUACAAGACAAUUACAGACAGCUUCUCGACGCUCCCCAACAAUUUUUACCGUUACAAUCGACGCUUAUGAUAUAUCCCACAUCUCAUUUGUACAUUAAUUUGGAAGGUUGUGUUAAUACUCUGAAAGGCGAAUGCAGAGAAUUUUUGCGAACUCACGGCCGUGAUGGACGAAAUAGAACAGCACCGUCGCGUUUCCCCUGCUAUUACAACAAGAACAACUCACGCAUAGUGGUUGCUCGUCAUGACUUAAGAAAGACCGAAAGAGAAUUAAUUAUAGCAAUAAGUGUACCGUCCGCAUUUUUCGUUCUUUCAUUUAUAAGUCUCUGUACCAUUAUGUACCUCGUCAAAGUGGACGACGAUACUAAGAUGCGUUGCAAAUAUUGCAAAACGAAUUCUGAAAUUGAUAUAAACGAACUUCACGCUCGAGAAAAUAAUUGCUUAAUGCCAACCGAUAACGAAUUACCCCAAGAAGGUAUUUCUGCAAAUUCGCCUAGGCCUAUCGAAUCUUAAAAAGUGUCACGUUGUGUUGCAAUGCGUGUGUUAAAAUUAUGUAAUUGAUUUGUAGAAUUAUGUUGUUCUAUGUCUACAAUUGCAUCUCCUGUCAGCAACUCUGCAAAAUGACCUACACGAUCUACUCACAUAUUAAGUGAUUUCCAUCUGAUAACGACCUUCAAAAAAAAAAAUACAAAAUAAUCUCUAUAAACAUAACGAAUUUAAAGUCUAUUAUAACUGUGCCUUCAAUGUCUUGCUACUUAAUGUAUUUUCCCUUUUGUAGCAGCCCUCUUAUAUUGAAACUCAAUAUUUUCUUAUACAUCAUCAGACUCGGUUUUUAAUUGUAUUCUAUUUACUAUAACUUCUUUAUAUAUAUAUAUAUAUGUACAACAUGAGAUACGCUUAUUACCAUUAUGAUACAAUAUAUUAUACUGCUUG